AUGUUGAUAAUACUUACCAUAUUCGCACUUUUGCUCAUCUUCAAAUGGUGGCUCAAGAAAGACUCGCAGACUGGCUUUUUCGUGAAUGCCAAAAUUGCACCCAUUGGUAGCGACUUCAGGUGGGAAGACUGUGAACCACUACGUCUUCGCCCCUUCGUUGGAAAAAUAAGCUUCAAUCCGCUGAUGGGGGUUCGUAAUAUGUCUCAAAAAAGAGAAGAACUCUUUCUCAUCGAAAACACGUACCUUGAAACUACCAACAGGAGAAAAUCUCAUUUGGGCCGCUUCGAGCAUAAAAUGAUCCAUUGCAACCACAGUGAAAUGGCCCAAUCAGCAGUACGAGAGUUCUACUCGAUGGCCGUAUCCUUCUUGGCAAACCGCUACCCGCAGUACUUCAAGCUAGACUCGGCAAAGGGUACAAUCCAUAAUCUCAUCAACGAUGACGUCUUCCCACUUUCGGGCCGCAAUCGCGAUGUCAAGUAUCUUUUGAGAGUUUUGACUGCCAACAUAGAAGAAGACGUAAUUAUUAUGCUCAAGGACCACCCCGAAAAUGAGGACGCCGAGUACAUCUUGAGGGCCUCCUUAACAGGCUCGCCUGCCGGGUUUGAUCCGUCUCACAACUUCGAUAGACCAGUGUCCUUUAUACACAAUCCCGUGCCACAAUACGAAGCUCGACUCUUUUCGCCUAUGCACAGGUUUUUCAACAAGAUCGCGUCCAAAGAUAUAUGGCAAAGAGCAAAUUGGUCUAUACAAACAAACAGAAUACUAUUUAAACUCGAGGACCAUCAUGGAAGGUGCGGUGAUGAUCCAGAAGAGCAGGAGACACAGGAUAUUGAUUUUGAGAAUGCGUGCUUCAUGCGUUGUGAAAGACAAUUGAUCACUCGCCUUCCGCAAACGAAAGCAGUGCUCAUGUUGGUGAGAACAUAUCUCACGCCAUUGAAAACCAUCAAAGAGGAGAGUCAUGCGACCGAAAUGGCACAAGCAAUUGAAUCGCUUCCAGAAGAUCUUGCAUUAUACAAACGAAGACACGUAUGGGGAAAAGCCGUUUGUGAGUAUCUUCGAACCUAA